ACAGAAAGGUUGGAAAGGCUGGAAAGGCUAUCGAGGAAUGCCUGGAAACAUCGGAGAGAAAGGAAUGCAGGGAGAUGUUGGUAUUCAAGGCUUCAAAGGCAAUAAAGGAUCCGUGGGGUGGUUCGGAAUCAAGGGUCAAAAAGGACACAUCGGCAGUAGAGGAUCAAAAGGUGAGAAAGGAUUAAAAGGGAAGCAAGGGUUGAAGGGGAACAAAGGAAAGGCAGGCCAUGUUUUUUCUGGAGACAUCGGCAACAAGGGCUUCAAAGGGUAUAUAGGGGAUCGAGGUUAUGACGGCUUUUUGAUCGCUGUUCAGGGAAGUAAAAAUAAUGAUCAUAAGUACGCCCGGAGUAUAGAAGUGAUUCACAAUCAUCAACACCACCACUCGCACUCACACGAGCACAACCAAAAGUACGGAGCCCAUUACAAUUACACCCAUCAUGGAACCCAUUACAAUCACGCCGAAGCGGUGUCACGCAGCAGCAACGACAGCGAUGUUGUGGGCUCCGCCGCUGAGCAACGCGAGGGGCUCACCCAACACCUGCUGCUGGACGACGAAGACCUCAGGAUCAUUGAGGGCUUCACUAGCCAAGAGCUCACUGAAUUUAUCGACGCUCAGCUCAAGUUAAGUGGCAACGGCCGUGGAAUGAAGAGGAUCGCCCGAUCUACACAAGAAAGGGAGUCGAACAAUAUUCCAGGGAAUUUUAAUAAAUUCAUCCAUCAGUCUUCCUACUAUCUUACUCCCCUGAGUAACUUCUCCGAAGACGUAGCCGUGCGAAACGUCGUACCGAACAAAUUUAAUGAGUUUAACGAAUCACGACCAGGAGUAAGUUACAUUUCAAAAUCGUUCAAUGGAAAUUCCUCUACUAAUAGACAAAUAAGCCAGACCUCCAUGUUAUCGGAUGCGACUAAUGUGAAUAAGCAAACAAAUUCAGUAAAGGAUACAGCUCGUAUGAAAGGCGACACCGAAGUUUUACAAGAAGUAACAGAAAAUCAGAAUCAGUUCCCGAAAUUCAAAAACUCGAUGGAGCUUUCCCCCGAGAAAAACAUCAAUCUUGCUACCCCCAAAUAUUAUGUAAGCGAUAGCACAAGGGCUGUGGAUAUUGAACGGAAUCGGGACAAGACGGCAAUUUCUCUUCAUUUCACUUCUGUGAGGAACGAAAAACUCGUUAGUAUCAUUGGAGGAAAUUUUAAUGGUCAAACGCGUCGACGUCGGUCCAAGGGUGAAGAAAUCAUUUCGCUUCCUGCUGAAGUGUAUAAACACACGAAAAAAACAAAUCCAUCCUUGACAUUUGGUAUUGGCAUACACGAAGAAGUUUUAGAUGCCGUGAAUGAUCUAUGGAGAAAAUAUAAUACGAAGGGAUGCCUAAGAUGCUCACUUUUCAGCUUCCUUCUUGAACAGCCCACAAUAAACCUCGACUCAUUAAUAGUCGCCGGGUUCGCCCACGUGCUCGGGGACUCGGGUUCUCUGCAGCUCCUGGACGACGUGAGGCGCGGCCGGCAGCGCGGCGUCAAGAUGUCGUGCGUGAAGACCGGCAGUUCGUGCAGUCUUGAAAUACAAAACUAAGCUGUGGUCAUUGUUAUAGAAUCCAUUAGGAAUUUAUUCUGAAACUGGAUAUGUGUCCAGUAAAGUGUCUUGAAAUCUUAUAUGAUUAUUUUGUUUUUUCUCUUGUUAGCCAAUCAUUUCAAAGCCACAGAGAAGCCACGUAAUAGUAAAUUCAUUUUAUCUUCUUUGCCAGUCGUUUUUAGUUUUAAAUAAAAUAAAUUUAGAUUAAAGCACGAUAUAUCAUACAUUUAGCAAAUAAUACAUGGAUCGUGAGAUUUUCGCGAACUUACGGCCUAAUAAUAUGUAAGUCACUUAAAGAAAGCUUAAAUCGCAAGUUCGCCAUGCAAAGAAAACACAAAAUAAAAUAAAUCAUCAUCGCUAUUAAGAAUUUAUUGAGCGAUUUCUUUGUGUUCAAAAUCUCUAACAUUAAAUUUAUGACAUAGAAUAUAUUAAAUUAU